AUGAGAGUGAAAAAGGCUUAGGAACAAAAUGAUGACUAUAACAAAGAAGAAAAAAGACUUAAUGGUUUAGGUGCCUCAUUUAAUGCUCAGUAUCGUAUAGAAUCAAUAAAUUUCAUAACCGAAUUUAUACCACGGUUCUUGAAAUAUUAUGCUAAUUCAUAAAAGAGAGAUAAGUAUGCAAAUGAACUGCCAUUAAUAUCUGUAACAAAUAGUCCAAUUAGGGAAAUCUUAGCAAAAUUCGAUAUAAACUUAUUAUUCCCUGAGAGAAUUUGGGAAUUUUCAAUGACACCCACCUUCCUUUGGUAGCUCACUAAACAUGAGUACUUAGCCUAAAACCUGGCAUAAAUAUUAUAUAUGAUGAAAUUGAUUUUAAGAGGACAUUUUGAAUUUCGACAAAAACCAUCACAUUGGAAUUAGAAUGAUUUAUCUGAUUCUCAUAUGUAUAGAUUGAUAGAGCUUGACCAUAAAUCAAAUUUGCAUAAUUAAAAAAUUUAUGAGGUCUGCAACUAAUUUAAAGAUCAAGAAAAAAUUGCUGUACAAAUAAUUCCAAAAUAAAAGUAUACUCUAAAUUCAUAGAAUCAACUUUCGACUUUAUAAUAUGUUGGUACUAUUGUGUUUAUAUGUUAUUCAAGUUAUGAGGGCAAAAGUUGCAUUGAACAAUAUUUAUCAUCAUUAUUAGAAGAUCCUUUUCUUUCACAGGAUUUAGUUCUAUUAUAAAAAAUAGAGGACAGAAAUGUCAAUCAAUGUUAUAUUAAACCCAGAAAAUAUAAAAUUAAAAAUUUUUAACCAAAUGAAUUUAAAUUUUCGGAGUAAUUACAAAGAUGGAUAAAAAAAAUGGAUAUCAUUCAUUAUAAAAAUCGAAUUUAAAUGUAGAAUGAAUUAGAAUCUUAAUAGUAUCUAUUGAAAAAAUACUUAUUCACUCCGAAUUUUGAAUAAUACAGAAAUUUACUGAAAAAUAUUAAGAGUGAAAAGUUUUCGAUCAAUAUGGAAUAAUUUAAAGCUAUUUCCCAAGAGGGCGAUAUAAUUUUGAUUGGUAGAAGUGGAACUGGAAAAACUACUAUUUCAUUGUUGAAAUUAUUUAUCACAGAUGCAAUAUUUAUGUUGAGGUAGAAUCUCAAUCUUUUUAAAGAAUCCUCCAAAAUUAAUCUGUAAUAUAAUAAGGAACUCUAAUCUGGAAUUUAAUUGAGGACUUUAUUUUUAACAUCUAGUCCUUUAUUAGCUCAAUAAAUCAAAUAGAAAUAUGAAAAUAUGGUUAAAAAUGUUGAAGAGAAUCUAAGAUAAAAAAAAGAAGUUUAAAGGAUUUCAGAAUAGCAAAAAGACAAUCUCAACGAUAGUACAGUGUAGAUCCUAGAUGUGUUGGGAGAGUAAAAUGAAAAUGAAGGAUAAUUUGGGAUUGAAGAUGAAGAUGAAGAUGAAGAUGAAAAUGAAGAAGAUGUUGAUCAAUAUGAAAAAGAGAUGGGGUGUUUUUAGACUAUUUAAGAUAUUAAGUAGUUUCCUGCCUUUCUUACUAUAAGAAAAUUAUUAUUUCUGAUUGAUUCUUCAUUACACAACUCUUUUUUUAAAAAUAAAGAUAAGAUUCAUGGUUCAGCUUAAUGGCAUAAUGAAUAUUCUGGAGUUCUAUCUCUAAAUUAAAAUUUCAUCAAUAACUUCUCAUAGAAAUUAGAUUCCGAAGUCCAUGAUCUUGACUCCAAAGAAAUAAUAUACCACAAUAAUAAAUUAAAGGAGGUUUCUUUGGAAAUUUUUAAAGAGUUUUUCUGGCCCAAAAUCUUGUAGGAAUUCAUUCAGAUUGAAAAAGCAUCCCAUGAUUAACUGGAUCCUAUGCUAAUAUGGUCAGAGAUUAUCACACUUAUCAAAGGGAAUGAAAAGUCAUAUCUAUUUAACGACUUUCAUCUUAGUUAAGAAGAAUAUCUGAAAAUACAUAGACCUUAUAAAAACUCAAACCCGUAUUCGAGAUUAAAAACAAAACACAACUAUUAUGAUAUUCUUGAUCUGAUUAAUCAUAUUAAUUACCAAUAAACCUUUUGUUUUGAUACUAUCUAAUACAUGCACUAUAUUAUACUUGAUGAACUAUAAGAUGUUCCGAAGGCCUUGUUAAUUCUGCUCAAUAGAAUGACUCAUAUUUAGCUAUUUCUAGCUGGUGACAAUGCUUAAAAUAUUGUUAAAGGUAUUGGAAUGCACUUCUCCCAAACAGUUAGUUGUCUCUAGUAAGAAAACAAUUACAAAUAGCCAAUUAGAAAUGAUAAAUAUAAGAUUUCGAAAAUCAUAUUAUCAUAUAAUUUUAGAUCUAGCCAUUAAAUUUUAUAAUUAGGUAAUACUUUGGUCAACGCUCUUGAAUUAUUGUUUCCUUCUGACAUUGAUCUCCUACAAAAAGAGAAAUCAUGUUAAUAAGGACCAAAACCAACUAUUAUUUAGGGUUGUGAAAAUAAGGAUUUAACAAUUGUAGAAUUCGGUUGCAAUUCGGUGAUUAUUGUAAAAGAUUAGAAUUCAAAAUUAAAAAUUCCAAUAGAAUUAUAGAAUGCAAUUGUUUUAACCAUCUAUGAAGCAAAAGGAUUAGAAUUUGAAGAUGUUAUUCUAUUUAACUUUUUCACUGAUACCAAUACUGAGGAAAAUGAAGAUGAAGAUGACAAUGUUAUAAGCUUUUUUCGAUAUCUAGAAAUAGUCAAAAUCAGAAUGGAUAAAAAUAAAUGGGAUGCUAAACAUAAAAGAAUUAAUUAUUUAAGUUGCAAGAACAUUAAUUAAUAUGAGGUGGAGUUGACAAUUCUAUAAAAAGUAGAAAGUAAAAAGAAAAAAUAGUAGGAUGUCAUAACCAAAAAUUUAAACAAAUUCAAUAUUUCUCUAUAACAUGAAUUAAAAUAGCUCUAUGUGGCUGUAACCAGACCAAAAAGAAAAUUAAUGAUUUUUGAUUAAUAGUUAUAAAAUAGAAAGUAUAUUCAGAAGAUUUGGGAAUAAUUGGACAUAGUAGAAAUAAUUUAUGAUACUCAAUUAUAGUAAAUCUAAGAAAAAUAAUUUGUACUAUCAUUUUCAAUAGAUAAUAAAGCCAAUUGGAAGAAGUAAGGAUAUAGGAUGCUAAGACAGAGUAAUUAUGAUCAGGCUUAUAAGUGUUUUAUGUUUGCUACCGAAAUAGAAUUAGCAAAGAAAUGCAUGGCCUAUCAUUUAACAACCUAAGCAACUCUAAAUGAAGAUAACAAAUAAUAAUUCAUUCAAGCUGCAUAGAUCUUUGAAGAAACAAACCUAACAAAAAGGGCAGCCUCCUGUUACUUCUCAGCAAAGAAUUAUUCGAAGGCCUUUCAAUUGUAUCAAUAAUUAGAUUGCAAAAAUGAAAUGGCUGAAUCUGCUUACUUCAUGAGAUAAUAUAAGCUUGCAGGUCAACUAUUUUCAGAAUUAGGAGAAAUAAGAAGAGCUAUUGAAUGCUUUAACAAAUAAAAACUGUGGGAUGAUUCCUUGGAUUAAGUUAAUUUAAACAAAGAAUAAUUAACGACUGAUGAAAAAUUAAUGUUCUUAAGUAUUAUAGUACCAAAAUAUUUGAAAUCAAUAAUAGAAGAUAUCGAAAAACAAGAAUUAUUACAAUAAGAAUAAGAAAAUCUUAUUAAAAAUUAAUCUGAUUCCUUUUAAGUUGAAAAUUCACUUGUUAAUGACAAUUUGAUUGAAGAAAAGAAUAAUAAAGAAGAUGAUUUGGAAAUAAUUAAUCUUCAUGAUGAUUCUUAAUCAUUUCAAGUUGUAAUAGAUUAAUCACUUGAUCACUUAUCUUCUUAUGACCCUGAUGAUGAAUGGCUGAAAAUUGACAAGGAAUCUUUAAUUAGAUCUAUUUCUUUUUCCAGUGUGGAAUCAAAAUUGUCGAAUGUCUUAUUGAUGAAUUAAUUUACAACUAUUCCACUUCUUAAAUCUAGGUAAAACAUUUUUAUAAAAAACAAUGUAAUGCUACAUAUAUCCAAAAGAUUUUAAUAGUUUUAAAAUGAAUUUAAACUACUUUUAGAAAAUUAAAAAAGUUAAAGCUCAUUGCUGUCAUUUAAAUAAACCAAAGAGCAGUAGUUAGAUGAUGCAAAUGCUCUUUUAUAAGACUUAGAGAACUUAGACAUAAAAUCUGUUUAUUUUGUUUUGGAUAUCCUAGAGUAUUGUAAAAAUUACAAGCUUUGUAUCUAUGUCUGCAAUCAGUUUAAAUUAUCUUAAAAUUUGGGGAGAUAUUUAAUUUCUUUGGCAUCUCAAUAUACUCCAAUUAAUAAAAACAAAUUUAAAUUAGAAAAUUGGAUUAUUGGUAACAAUUUAAAAAGAAAACAUUUAUUAGAUCAAUCAAUCUUAGCCUAAAUGACAUUCAAUAAUAUUUUAGAAUCUAUUAAUCCAAUUUAUUUAGAAUAUAAAAAUGAAGAUACACUCCAUUAUUAAAAUAGUUUUGGAAUAGAAUGUUAUAAAUCACUGAUAGGAUUAGGGUAUUGGAGAACUAUAAUUUAUUAAUUGAACUAUGAAAAUGCUGUUAAAUUAUGUUAAUCUUUUAAUAACUAUUAAGAUUGGGUAAUACUCAUUCAGAAAAUCAAGGAACCUAGAUUAAGCAAAUAGUUAACAGAUGAAGAGCAAUUUUAAUUAAUAAAAAAUAACUACUUCAUUUAAGUAGAAUAAUAUUUCCUAUCAAAUCAAUCUAAAAAUAAUAUCAAUAUAGAUGAAAUAUUCGAAAUUACUAUUUAAAGUGCUUCCUAAAAAAAAUUAAAUAAAGAAAAUAUAAUACAAUUGCUCAAUAAUUCAAAACUACAUCAAGUAAAUCUAACAAAUUAAGAUAAGUUUAAAUAAAUAGAAUCUAUUAUUUUGUGUAUGAUUUGUUGUAUGGGAAUAUUAAAGUUGGAAACAGAUUCCUAUUCCUAAAUUAUUGAUUUAGUUAAUCUAUAAUAGUACUGUAUUAAUCAAUUACUUUUUGCUCAUCUCAAACCUAAUAUAAUUGAAGCCCUUUAAUUCGUAUUCAAAUUUUCUUUCCCAACUGGGGAUAUUAUGAUUGAUUAUUCUUAAUUUUGCAUUAUUCACAUUACAUCUAAACUUGUAAAAAAUCUGAAUAAUCAAAUGAUCUUUAUAGAUAUAGCUUAUGAAUAUAUCUUAAUACCAUUUGAAGCCUUAUGUUAACUAUUUAAGCAAUAUUUUUGCAAUUCCAAACCAAUAGUUACAUUAUUUUCAACUAUUAAAAAUUAAGAGGAUUAACAAGAAACAAUAAAUAUCAUUUAUUGCUUAAAAUAAAGACUGUAAUAUUAAUUUCAGAAUAUACUUCCAAAUAUCACAUAGUAUUAGCAGGAUAAAAUAGAUUAUUACUCAAAAGUUGUGUAUGGAAUUCGUCAAAGGAACCCUAUAAAUGUAGUUGAUGAUCAUGAAACUUCAAUUUUACAUUUUACUAAAUCUGAUGAAUUAAGAACUGUUCAUAAAUGGUUAUUAUAAACAAAUUUCAGAAUAGAUGGUAUGGAUAAAUAAAUUAGAUAUUAUUUAAAAAAUGAAUGUAUACUUUUAUUUGAAUAAGGAUUAAUAGAUUUAUAGUAAAAACACGGCUUUUUUGUUUUAGCCUUAAAUUUAUUACACUUAUAAGAUAAUAUGCCAUUUGCCAUAUUUACAUUAUAAAGUAUGAAAGAAAAGGAAGAAUCGAACUAUUAUUUAAAAUAUCUAGAAUUUUUAGAGUGCCAACAUUAUGAUAUCAUCGAAGAUUCAUUCGAUUGUUUUAUUGCUUAUAAUUAAUAUUUUGAAAAUUAAAUAUAUUUAGAUGAAUGGAUGAAUCAUUUAAUCCGAAUAGGCAUAAAGUUGCUUUUGGCUCAAGAAGGUAUAACCUAAAUCUUUAUUCCAUAAAGGUUUUAAGACAUCAUAUCUUCAAAAUUGGAGUUUGAUCAAUCUCUAUUCAAAUUAUCUAAAACUGAUAUCAUCUUAGAAUUUAUAGAAUCACUAUAAUAGUUUAUAGAAACAUGUAAUUCAGAGCAUUAUGAAUAUCAAUCUAAUUUACUGUUGAUUGUAUUUACGUUGAAUAUAUUGAAUCUCACUUUUAAAAUAAAAGAGAAAUUGUGCUAAAUCUUUUCGAAUGAUUCUCGAUAUCCAUUUUAUAUCAAAAUACAUUAAUGUCUCAUUCAAAAGAAUUCAAAUUUGCAAUAGGAAUUAAUUAACAAAAUGGAUGUAUUAUUUAUCAAAGGAUAUUUUGAAGAAAAGAUAUUGACUGUAUAAAUUAAAUAGAAUGUCUAAAAUCUAAACUCUUAAGAAGUAUACUAGAAUUGUUUAAGUAAAUGGGAAGGUUACUUUUAAGAAGCUCAGACAAUAAGAAAUAAUGGAAUCAAUUUAUUAAAGAAAUGGAGAUAAUUUAGAUCUUAACAAAAAAUUAGGUAACAAGUUCCAAAUAAAUUAAAUCCUAAGGUUAUAAAAUUUUAUCAAUUCAAUAAACUAUAAUUAAAAGAUAUUUAAUAGUAAUUUAAUUGGAUUUAACAUGAGAGCCUAAUUAUCAAAAUUUAUAAUUUAUAAGAAGAACUAUUGAGGUUGAGAUAAAACAUUUUAAAUGGGGCCGAUCUUUAAUUUAUAAAUUAGGUCUUAAAUAAUUCAGCAAGCAUACUCAGAGAAAUAAAGAUUGGCAAUCUAUAAUGCGAAGCCUUUGAAGAACUAAAAUUAUAAUAUUAAAGCUGGAGAGAUCGUAUAAAUACAUUUGAAAAAAAUGAAUAAGAGCUCUUAGAAAGAAACAGACAAAUUCUCAAAUUGAAAUGGUAGAAAGUAUAAGCAGGAGUGAAAGUAUAAAGGAAAUUUGAUUCUCGUCUAAUUUAAACUGUGGAGGAACAUCCGGAUGAAGAGGCUUAAGAUUGA